UCCAUUCGAAACCCUGCGUAAUGGCAUUCUGGACAUAAAGAAUUCCAUCUCUAUGCGACAGAGAGGGUCACAAUGCCGACGCUUCGUAUGGAACUCCAGAACCAGAGAGUUAUGUUCAGAACUCUCAAGAAAUCUUCAGUUCUUGAUCGACAAACGAGAGAUACAGCAUUAUGGCAAGCUUUUCAUUCAUCCUCCCUGAAGACGGACAUUAUUCUAUUAAGGACAACGCAGUUAACUCAGGGUGGAUUUCAAUGGUGACCCAACUCAACACCCUUGAAGGUCCAGAGUCAGAGAGUCAGAACAUCCGUCAGAGCUUUGCAGAGAUACUUGGCGACAAGUACCACUACACGAAUGCCAUCAACAGCUCUCUGCUCUGGACUGUUGGGUACACCCCCUACAUUCCCCCAGUUCUGAAAGGAAGAAGCUUCCCCUCUGUCGAGAGCUUCUUCCUGGAUGAGUGGGAGCCACUGACACUCCAGCAGACUCCCAGGUUCUGCCUAGUGUCUCAGGUUCUGUCCACCAGUGUUUCCAUUGUGGAGAAUGACCUGAUCCAGUCUGCUGCAGGCCUAGUAUCUCAGGUUCUGUCUACCAGUGUUUCCAUUGUGGAGAAUGACCGGUUCCAGUCUGCUACAAAUCUAGUGUCUCAGGAUGAGGACUCCACCCUGAGAGCCUCCAACCAACCUGAGGUCCAUGUGGCUGAUGUGUCAACCAAGGGAAGUAGACUUACCAUCACUAUUUCUAUGGGUUCAACCAAGAGUAGCCAUGUUGCUUUACGUGAAGUUGAUGCUAGUGCUACCAGCCUGGAGCAGUCUGCUGAGAAAAUGUCUACCUCUACUACUGAUGUCAACGACAUCUCAUCAACUGCUGCUGCCAAGAAGAAGAAGAGGUGUGGAUUAUUCUCAUCUCUCUGGAGAGCUCUCAGGGGGAAGAACAAGAAGCCUGCUAAAGUGGCUUCCAAGAAAGAGGAUGAAAUCAACAAGGAUGAGAGCCGCCUCACCUGCCACCACAACACUAUACAGGGAGAUCACUGAUGCAGGCACCAACAAUGGUGUUUCUAUUUUCUCUCAC